CCGGCUGGUCUUCUAGUACGCUUCGAGCCUCCGUGCAGGUCGGACUGUGACGUCGUCGCUGUGUUGGCGUUGCAGAUCGCAACAUUUUGGACCCAGACUCUGUCUAAAAAAGCACUUGACAAGUGUGGAUCUUUCUUAAAAUAGACUCGAUGUACUACAUUUGGAUUUUUUCUUCAAUGUUGUGGAUUUACAACUUGUGUCAUGUGCGCUCACUGGACCUGAUGUGGGAGUUCUAGCCUUUCAAGCACCUUGCACAACACUAUUUUUGGUUGUGUUUAGGGGUGCAAAGUAAUGGGAAAUUUGUGAUUCUGAUUCGGUCGGAUGACAUAUUUGUGUGGAAAUCAUGGGAUUGCUGAAGAAAUAGUGUUGAAACUUUUUUGAAGAAUUUCAUUAAAAAUUGUGCGCUCAUGAGGUUCUGACUUUGGAGAUCGCCUCUCUUAAUUGGAACUGUUUUGGUUUGAUAUUUUUUGGGGGCGCCUGGAGAUGGCUCGUCCAUGGAGUGUGAAUGGAUUGUGGGUCUUGCUGCUGUCUGUACUGGAUUUACUGGGGACCACAGCCAGCAGUAUGGAGCCCAUCUACUGGAAUUCUCUCAAUGAAAGGUUCCGAGACGAUAAGGGCUACGUCCUUUACCCCCAGAUCGGCGACCGGCUGGACCUGAUCUGCCCUCAGCUGGACACGGCCCGCUCCACGCCGGAGUACGAGUUCUACAAGCUGUACCUGGUGUCGUCGCGGGAACAGGCGGACCGUUGCGAGGUGACCGGGCCGCCCAACAUCGUGCUAACGUGCGACGAACCCAUGCGGGAGCGCCGCUUCACCAUCAAAUUCCAGGAGUUCUCGCCUAACUUGUGGGGCCACGAGUUCAAGAGCAUGCACGACUACUACAUCAUCGCUACAUCAGAUGGGACACGUCAAGGUCUGGACAGCAUGAGGGGGGGAGUUUGUGCCACGCAGGGCAUGAAGGUGGUCCUGAAAGUGGGGCAGAGUCCAUACGGGCUACCUCCCAAGAAAGAACCAGCGGGGCGCUCCACCAACAGGAACUCAGGUAACUCCACCCAUUCCAGAGGGCCCAACACCUUCGGAGGCGCCGACGGCGGCGGUGAAAACGGGCCGCUGCAGUCGUCCAAUAUCGCCGUGAUCGCCGGCGCGGCCGGAGGUUCCGCUUUCCUGCUGCUGGUCACCGCCGUCAUCUGCGUGGUGUGCUACCGGCGGCGGCACGCCAAGCACUCGGACACCCACCACCCGCCGCUGUCGCUGUCGUCGCUCACCAGCCCCAAGCGGGGCGGCGGCGCCGGCGGCAUGGGCAGCUCCAACAACAACGGCUCCGAGCCCAGCGACAUCAUCAUCCCUCUGAGGACGUCGGACUCCGCCUACUGCCCGCACUACGAGAAAGUCAGCGGCGACUACGGACACCCCGUCUACAUUGUGCAGGAAAUGCCGCCGCAGAGCCCGGCUAACAUCUACUACAAAGUAUGAAAACUGGACUCCGCGCCCACAGAACCACUCCAAGCCCUGCCCCGGCCCCUCCCCCUGCGUCUCACCUGCCAAAAAACAACCCUAACCAAACUCCACCGUCGCACUCCCAAGUACGCGUGAGGGUUCGCCGACCCUUCGGAAUCCGAGGAGACUCCCAGAAUGCACCUGGUAGUGCAUGAAUGUGGCUUUUGGACCUGAAAAGUAUCAAAAAACUAUAUUUGGAAACGUACAUCAAUGAAAGCCCAGACUUUGCUGAAGAACUCCCAGUCGCCAAACCUGCCUAGAACCCCCUCGCGUCCCCUCAGCCAAUCAGAGACAGGGCGGGGGUCAACAGCUGACCAGACCCGGGGCUUGAGGCGGUCUCUGAGCAGUCGGGCGGCGCUGACACUCAGACUCUUGUAUAUUUUAAUAAGAUGUGUAUGCGUGCGUGUGACAUGGGCGUGAAUGUGCUCUUUAGAAUUGUCUUAAAAAAUACCAAAACACAAAAUAGUGAGCGGAUAUCACGAAAAAAAUCCAAUAAAGUGAGAUUUUUCUAAGGCUAUCCACACUUAUAGAUGAUAUAUAUGAAUAUCCAGUAAAUAGAUGGUUUUUCUUUUAUUCGCUAUAAUUUUCUUCUAUUUUACCAGCUAAUCGUUAGCCCCCUUUUCUCUUGUUCACAACUUACCGUAGUACAAUCCACCUUUGAUAUUCAUUUACAGUGGUAUGAAAAAGUAUCAUAUACUUUUGGAAUUUCUCACAUUUCUGCAUAAAAUCACCAUCAAAUGUGAUCUGUGUCAAAAUCACACAGAUGAAAAAACAGUGUCUGCUUUAACUAAAACUACCCAAACAUUUAUAGGUUUUCAUAUUUUUAUGAGGAUUGUAUGCAAACAAUGACAGAAGGGGUAAAAAUAUGUUAGUGAACCAUCACAUUUAAUAUUUUUUGGCAGCAAUAACUUCAACCAGGUGCUUCCUGUAGCUGUAGAUCUGUCUAGCACAUCUAUCAGGACUAAUCUUGGCCCAAUCUUCUCUACAAAACUGCUGUACUUCACUCAGAUUCCUGGGAUGCCUGGCAUGAAUCGCUGUCUUUAGGUCAUGCCACAGCAUCUCAGAACGUGUAUUUUGUUCUUCUGAAACCAUUCUGAAGUUGAUUUACUUCUUUGUUUUGGAUCAUUGUCUUGUUGCAGCAUCCAUCUUCUUUUUAGCUUCAACUGUCUGGCAGAUGGCCUCAGGUUUUCCUGCAAAACAUCCUGAUCAACUUUUGAAUUCAUUCUUCCAUUAAUGAUUGGAAGUUGUCCAGGCCCUGUGGCAGCAAAAUAGCCCCAAAUCAUGAUGCUCCCUCCAAUCAUGCUUCACGGUGGGGAUGAGUUGUUGAUGUUGGUGAGCUGUUCCAUUUUUCCACCAUACAUUACGUUGUGUGUUACUCCCCCAAAACUUUGGUUUUAUCAGUCCACAAAAUAUUUCAGCAGGGCCGGGAACAAAAAGUGGUAUUUGCCAUGUGGCUAAAUGGAUUUUGACAUGUAUUUCGGUAUAUGGCAUUUUUGGGGGGGUAAAUGGCAUUUUUGCAGGCCAUGCAAGUCAAUGGCAUGGAUGUGCAUGGCCUGCAAAAAUGCCAUAUACCCCAAAAAAAUGCCACAAAUUGAUUUUGCCAUGUGGCAAAAUGUAUUUUGGUUUGCGGAAUUUUUUUUUUUUUUGGUAUGUGGCAUUUUUUUUAGCCUCAAACGGUAUAAAAAUAAAUAAAUGAAGCUCUAAGUACAACAAAAAAAGAAUUAGCUACAGUAACUCAAUCAAAAAUGCUCAAAAAUGCCACAUACAAAAAAAAAAACAAAAAAACAAAAUACAUUUUGCCACAUGGCAAAAUCAAUUUUGCCACAUGGCAAAAAAAUGUAACAUGGCAAAAUCAAUUUUGCCACAUGGCAAAAAAUGCCACGUGGCAAAAUCCAUUUUGCCACAUGGCAAAAAAACUGCUACAUGGCAAAAUCUAGUUUGCCACAUAGCCAAAAAAAAAAAUGCCACAUAGUAAAAAAAAAUAACCGCAUAGUAAAAUCAAUUUUGCCACAUGGCAAAAAAAUACCCAAAUGGCAAAAUCAAUUUUGCCGCGUGGCAAAAAAAAUGCCACAUGGCAAAAUCCAUUUUACCACAUGGUAAAAAAAAGCCACUUGGCAAAAUCAAUUUUGCCUCAUGGCAAAAAAAAAAAUGCCACAUGGCAAAACCAAAAUGCAACAUAGCGAAAUCAAUUUUGCCACAUGGCAAAAAAUGCCGCAUGGCAAAAUCCAUUUUGCCAUAUGGCAAAAAAACUGCCACAUGGCAAAAUCCAGUUUGCUGCAUAGCAAAAAAAAAAAAAAAAUGCCACAUGGCAAAACCAAAAUGCAACAUGGCAAAAUCAAUCUUGCCACAUGGCAAAAAAUGAUGCCACAUGGCAAAAUCAAUGUUGCCACCUGGCAAAUACCACUUUUGUUUCUCGCGGUAUCUCAAAUAUUUUGCCAAGACUUCUGCAGAGUGUCCAAGUGCCUUUUUGCGAACAUUAAACAAGCAACAAUGUUUUUUUUAGACAGCAGUGGCUUCCUCCAUGGAGUCCCCCCAUGAACACCAUUCUUGGCCAUAGUUUUAAAUAUAGUUGAUGUGUGCACAGAGAUAUUGGACUGUGCCAGUGAUUUCUGUAAGUCUUUAGCAGACACUCUAGGGUUCUUUUUUACCUCUGUGAGUAUUCUGCGCUGAACUCUUGUUGUCAUCUUUAGUGGACGGCCACUCCUUGGGAGAGAAGCAACUCUGUCCAUUUGUAGACAACGUCUCUGACUGUCGAUUGAUGAACAUCCAGACUUUUAGAGAUGGUAUUGUAUUCUUUCCCAGCUUAGCAAAUUAGCAAUCCUUUUUUUUCCAAUUUAUUUUUUAAAACCUUUCCUAUUCAACUGUUUGACACAGAGAAUGGAAGUCUAAGUGUGCUGUUAGUCUGAACAGUUUUAAUGUUUCACAUUGAGAGUAUGACUUACGCCCAUUGUGAUCGUUCAACAUAUCUAGUUUAUUAUGAAAAAGCAGCGAACAGGAAGGGGUUAUGGGGGAACAAAAGCUAACUAUUAAUAUGUUGGUGUUAUUGUCAGCUAGAUGUAUUUCCGGCUGACACAAUGUUGGGGGGCCUGUUGACCAGGGAAAGAUGGGGGAGUCUAUAAGUUAAGUGAUUGGGAGGGGUAGAGUGUACACAAAUCAGCUCUGUGAUCUAGAACCCAGUAAUCGUGUGAAUCCCUUGGGAGUGUAAGCCUGUUGGCAACCGACCCUACAAAUCAACAAUCCUUGAUAGCGGGUCUUCAGACAGCUCUUUUGACCGAGCCAUGAUGCACAUCAGAAAAUGCUUCUCAUCAAGACAAUUUUUACCAGGCAGUUUUAACCCACUCAGUGAUUGGGCACACACCGGACUUAAAUUGUUUGGUAAAAAUUGGUUUCAAUUGCUUUUUAAGUCUCCUUAGGUAGAGGGUUCACUUACUUAUUUUUCUUCCUCUGUCGUUGUUUGCAUGCUAUCGUCAUUAGAAUAUGUGAACCUAUAAAUGUUUUGGUGGUUUUAGUUCAAGCAGACACUGUUUUUUCAUCUGUGUGAUUUUGAUUGAUCACAUUUGAUUGUGAUUUUACGUGGAAAUAUGAGCAAUUCCGAAAGGUUCAGAUACUUUUUCAUACCACUGUAACCCCUCUUGAUUUUUUUUUAAUUAACCUGCCGACCUGCCCCUCACCUUAACACCUGCCUUCAGGUGUUUGUAUAUUUUUUAGAGCUUCUCGUUUGAUGCCGUAGUGUUGAAGUUUAGACUUCGUUCGUGGAAGUGUUGAGGUAGAGCCAUCGAUGAUUGCUUAUCGUUUCGUUCGAUUCCAAACGUUUUUUGUUUUCGGAGAGGGCGUCGAGGACGAUGCGGCGCUUAGGAAAGGACUGUACGGAAAUGGAUAAUGAAGGAUCCCAACGGACGGGAUGAGGAGCGCCGGCCGAAACGUAUCCCAGAGUUGAACUCAUGCAUCUUGAUCUCACGCUCGCUAAAUCACAGGUGGCACAUUUCAAAUGUACUCCUCUCAUUGUGUUACAUCACUCGCGCCUGUUUAAUGACUGCUUGGAAAACACAGGUACGCAACUCGCCCCCAGACCGACUGCUGCGUUCCGAGGCGCUAUUUGUUCACGUGCUUAACAGUAAAAUUGUUUUGUGUUGCGCAAACAUUUUGUGGCUUUUGUGUAAACUGGUUGACAGUGGCAUACACACACACACGCACAGAAACAAGACUCACACCCCAGCGUUUAUCAUGUGAUCUUUCCUUAACUGUGUUUUGUAUCAGUACCUAACAUCACCUACACUUUGUAUGAAGAUGUGCUUUAAUUGUCACAUUCACCCAUGUUGAGGAUUUUUUUGUAGCCCGGUUGCUUCUGGCCUAUAUUUGACAGUUGAGUUGAAAAGAUCGAUCGCGGGGGAGGGGUGCUCUUUUGUACGACUACAAACUUGUGUUUCGUUGUUUUUAUGUACGCUGUUCCGUCUUUGUCUUUUCGAACACGCAGAGAGAGUAGCGGGUAAGCCCCCGAGGCUUCGUUGACAACUUGUGCAACAAAAUUGUGUGUUAUAUACAAAAAAAAAUAAAUAAAUAAAAUGGCUGCGACCUCAAAGGGGGUGGGGAUGGGAGGGGGUCACCACUAUUGGCUGGUUAAAGUGUGUAUGUGUGUAUGUGCCAGUGAACGGAAGCCCGUCCGAAUAGCGCGACCCCCGAAUUGUGACGUGUUGUAUUUGGAACGCCUCUGUUCGAAACCGCUCAUCACGGCCCGACCUCCCCCCACCCCCAACGCACCUCUAACAGGAGGAAAAGAUGACUACAUUCCUGCUUUGAAAAAGAGAAAAAAAACAAUUGAAUAAAAAAACAACAACAAAUGUUUAAGCACCACUUUUGGUCGUCAUGUGAGCGUCAUUAUUGUGUGGGGGUCUUUUGUCGAGUGUGUAUCGGAGGCCCGUAUCGGUCCUAUAGACUCCCCUCAGCAGGGUUUCUUUUAGUGUUUCUCCUAAUAGCUUCAACUCCCGCUAGUGUUAUCAACAACUUAUCAAACUAGUGUUGCCUGGCAACCUAUUGACGGAGCUGAUUUCAUUCUCUCUUCCCCCUUCCCCCUGUCUUUUAUCCCCCUACCCACUGCCAUGGUAACAGUUGGCGUCCCUUCAAUGUAUCCUCAUUUGCCCACCAGGGUGGGCUUGAGGGUGACCACUUUGAUCGAUGGUGUGUGUGCCUGUGAGAGUUGAUUACCGGGCACCUCACACACAGGCAAACACACACUUUCAUUGGCUCGCAGCUACACAAAUAUACCCCUAUUGUUCACCGAUGCACACACUUGGUAUCACUUUGACACUAGCGAGGGAGAGGAUGUGAAUAUGUUACCAUGGCAACCAGGUGGAGGGUGGGGUUGUGUUUUGAGGAAGAACUUCAGGAUAAAGUUUGACUGACAUGCAAAUGUACACAAAUGACCUUAACAAAAGAUCUUAGGCUAUAGACUUCUGUUUUACAAAAUUUCCGGGUCUGCAGUGAGUCAGCAACACAUACACUUUUGUGAAAUAUACGAUGUUUAUUGUAGAAAACAGAAGAAAGCAAACACAACAAUAAAGCUAGAUACAGAUUGUCACUUCUAAGAUCCCCGCGCUACUGUUAAAGCACACAAGAUAGUCCUUUGAGCAUAGCAAUCAAAACCCUUACCAUUGACAAGCGGGCGGAGAGCCGACACCCCGGUAGAGCUUGCAGAGGAAUACAGGCCGAGCGAUCCGUACGACAUCCACGGCUGACUCUACUCGGGGAGGGAAAUCUCCAGCUUUUUAUAGUGGUGCAGCAUGUCUGGGAUGCACUUCAACCUAUUUACAUGACAUGGGAAACGGGGCCGAUCCAUAGGCGUUUUUUUUCAAAAACCAAAGCUGCUAUCGACCUAAAACCAAAACCGGCACCUACAUUAGCCAUAUAUGAGUCUCUAUGAGCAGCAACAUCGAAAAAUUCAAAGUCGUUCCAUUAUAAAAUCCCAAUGCACAAUAGAUGUGUUUUUUAGCUUCUAAUAUUUUUUUUUAAUUCAAAUAAUAUGGGACCUUAAUGGGAAAAAAAGAGAAAAAUCCAACCUUCAAUACAAGUGCAUUUAUUCAGUGGGGAAAAAAUCCCACAUAAAGAAAAAAAUUAUUUGACAUCAAAUAAUGUGCGUCACAAUUAUUAGCACCCCUGGUGUUAAUACUUUGUACAACCCCCUUUUGCCAACAAAACAAGGUCUGGGGACUGAGAUGGCCAUGGGAGGAGCUUGAUUUUGUGUCUGGUGAACCAUUUCUGUGUAGAUUUGGCCAUAUGUUUAGGGUCAUGGUCUUGCUGAAAGACCCAGUGACGACCCAUCUUCAGCUUUCGGGCAGAGUGCAACAGAUUUUGAUUUCAAAUGUCCUGGUAUUUCAAAGCAUUCAUGAUGCCAUGCACCCUAACAAGGUUCCAAGGGCCUUUGGGAGCGAAACAGCCCCACAGCAUCACUGACCCACCCCCAUACUUCACAGUGGGUAUGAGGUGCUUUUGAGCAUGUGCAUCUUUCGUGGCACGCCAGACCCACUUAGAGUGUUUGUUGCCAAAAAGCUCAAUCUUGGUCUCCCAGGCUCUCCCAGGCGUCAACUGGGACCGUGUGCUUUGGUCAGAUGAGACCAAGAUUCUUUAAAUUCUUUAAAAUCAAUCAAUGUGAUUUUCUGGG